AGAGAGAGCGCGCGCGAUAGAUCGAGAGAGAGCGCGCGCGAGAGAGCGCGCGCGAGAGAUCGAGAGAGAGCGCGCGCGAGAGAUCGAGAGAGAGCGAGAGAUCGAGAGAGAGCGCGCGCGAGAGAUCGAGAGCGAGCGCGCGCGAGAGAUCGAGAGCGAGCGCGCGCGAGAGAUCGAGAGAGAGCGCGCGCGAGAUCACGAGAGCGAGAGAGAUCACAAGAGCGAGAGAGAGAGAGAUCACGAGAGCGAGAG